AUGCUCUCCCGCCGGCUCGCGCCCGUCGGCGGCGGCGGCUGCGCGAGGCUGCUGUCCGCGUCCGCCCCGGCGGCGUCUGGCGGCGGAUCAGGAGGGUCGAUCUCGGCGGGCGGCGGGGACACGCUGGGGAAGCGUCUGCUCAAGCUCAUCUACCCGAAGCGGAGCGCGGUGGUGGUGCUGCGCCGAUGGGCGGAGGAAGGCCGCACGGUGCAGAAGUACCAGCUCAACCGCGUCGUCCGCGAGCUCCGCAAGUACCGCCGCUUCAAGCACGCCCUCGAGAUCUGCGAGUGGAUGAGAACACAGCCGGACAUGAAGCUGCUCCCGGGGGACCACGCGGUGCACCUGGACCUGGUCGCCAAACUGCGAGGCCUGGCGAGCGCGGAGAAGUUCUUCGAGGACAUGCCGGAGCGGGCGAAGGGCCCGUCCACCUGCACCGCCCUCCUCCACGCCUACGCUCAACACAACGCGCGGGACAAGGCCGAGGCCAUGCUGCGGGAGAUGGGCCGCGCGGGGUACCUCGUGUGCGCGCUGCCCUUCAACCACAUGAUGUCGCUCUACAUGUCCACCGGCGACCUCGACAGGGUGCCCGAGACGGUCAAGGAGCUCAGGCGGUACGCGGUGCCGGACCUGGUCACCUACAACAUCUGGCUCACCUACUGCUCCCGGAAGGGCAGCGUGAAGGGCGCGGAGAGGGUGCGCGGCCUCAUGGAGGACGACGGGGUGGUUCCUGACUGGAUGACGUUCAGCCUGAUGGCCAGCAUCUACGUCAGCGCCGGGAUGCGUGUCGAGGGGCGGGACGCGCUCGUGGAGAUGGAGAAGAGGGCCUCCAGGAAGGAGCGGCCCGCGUACUCGUCGCUGCUCACCUUGUACGCGAGCCUCGAGGAUAGGGGCAACUUGGACAGGGUGUGGACCAAGAUGAGGGAAACCUUCAGGAAGUUCAGCGACGCCGAGUACAAGUGCAUGCUUACUUCGCUUACGAGGUUCGGCGAUAUCGCGGCGGCGGAGAGUGUUUACGCUGAAUGGGAGUCGGAGUCGGGAACGAAAGAUUCUAGGAUCCCCAACACGAUCCUUUCGUUUUACAUCAAGAAUGGCGAGAUGGAGAAGGCCGAGAGUUUUCUCCAGUCCAUUGUGGAGAAAGGAGUCAAGCCCAGCUAUAGCACCUGGGAGCUGUUUGUUUGGGGUUAUCUUGGAAGCAAUGAGAGGGUGGAUAAAGUUCUUGACUGCGUGAAGAAAGCCCUGUCAAGCUUGGAGAAGUGGGAGCCAAACCCUGAACUUGUUGCGGCUAUCUUUUCGCAUGUUGAGAAGAAAGGUGACAUUGAAGCUGCAGAGGAGCUCCUCGUUGUGCUUCGAGGAGCAGGGUAUGUCACGACCGAGAUUUAUAACUCCGUCCUGCGCACUUACGCUAAGGCUGAGAUGAUGCCUCUGAUCAUAGAUGAACGAAUGGAUGAGGAUAAGGUCUCGAUGGAUGAGCAAACUGUAAGACUGUUGAAACUGACAAGCAAAUACCCUAUUGGUGAAGUCUCAACAGUAAUGCCUUGAGAUGUAAUAAACUGUGUU